CUGCUGCGGAGUGGGUGCGAGGGAGUGGGUGCGGCCAGCGUGGCGCAGCAGGCGAGGGUUGGGGGUCACCGCUCUGCACCCUGUGGGCCCACUGCGCAGACCCGAGGUCCCGCUUGCGGGUGGCUUUGCUGUGGCUUGGGCUCCGCGCCGCGCCCCCUUUUCUCCCCAGACACGCACGGUCUUCUGUGGCAGGGGACCCCGCGGGUGGCUUCGCGGGGCGCGCUUUCACUGAGCCGGGGCGCGCGAUGCCACUUGGCCUGGCCACCCCCGUCGAGCGCCGCGCCAGGGACCCAGCCCGUGUCUGAGCAGCACCGGCUGCGCGCCGGCUGUGGUAAACUCCACAGCAGAACCCUGAGUCAGCCUCUCUUCUAAUAGCCAACUUCUGCUGCUGCAGUGUCUCCUGUCUGGACCUGUCCCUGCACCACCUCUCAGCAGGGAGUGCAGGAAUGAAGGAAGGCAUGUCUAAUAACAGCACCACCAGCAUCUCCCAGGCCAGGAAAGCUGUAGAGCAGCUGAAGAUGGAAGCCUGCAUGGACAGGGUGAAGGUCUCCCAGGCUGCCUCAGACCUUCUGGCCUACUGUGAAGCCCACAUUCGGGAGGAUCCUCUCAUCAUCCCUGUGCCUGCGUCAGAAAACCCCUUCCGGGAGAAGAAGUUCUUCUGCACUAUUCUCUAACAACAUGGUGAUGAAGCAGGCCUUUUCCUGCCAUAAAGAUUUCAAGCAGAAACCAUGCAUGCUCCCAUGUAGAGACAUGCCUCCCACAACACCCCAUCUCUGUCCAAUCAAUCAUGAUAUAGACUCAUCUUGUUUUAUCAUAUUUCCUUCAUGACGUUGUUUCUCCUCCUCCUCCCCCUCCUUCUCCUCCUCCUCUUUCUCCUCUUCUUCCUCUUCUCCUCUUCUUCUUUUUUUCAGUUUCAUUUUUCUUAUUUCCAUUUAUAGAGAAAACAGACUUUUUAUAGCCAAAUAACAAAUGUACCAUAUAAAAGUGUAGAUUUAAAGGUCUAUGGUUUUUAAACAUUCCCAACCAUAAAUAUAUCCAGUUAAUAAAUUUCAGUGGUUAAUUUACUGAAAUCAAAACCAUGCACAAGUGUCUCCCAUGCACAGUAAUUCAGUAGCAGAUGAGAGCAUGUCAGCCAGACACAUGUGAGGAUGGGGUCUUUUUCUCCUCUGGCAACUCUAUCAUAGGAGCCUUCGGGCCAUGUGGCUAGGCCCUGUAGAUGACUAAUAUUUCAUCUGUUUAUCACUGAACAGUCCAAAGCUGAUGCUUCUGAGAAUACAUUUGUGGUGUAGACACUGGAGCAGCCUUGACUGUAGAUACUCAGAUACUCACCAGACAGCCCCACUGGACCAUCUCCUCAGUCCAAAUGCCCCACUCUCCUUGCUUGCUCCCUUCUACUUGAUGUUUUUAGUAAGGCAAGGAGUCUGACAACAUUGGGUCCUCUGGAGUCUCUGCACAGUUAUCCCUGAAAGUGAUGUCACUAUGCCACUUGCUGUUCUGAAUUUAUGGAUGUCAACAUAUUUAACCUAACAAUAAAUACUACAAGUAUAGGCCUAUUUUUAGGGAUGGAAUAUCCUAAGCAUAGAGAAAUCACAUUUGCUGAAAAGUGCAGACAGAAAGUAGACACACCAAGGCUUCCAUAUGUGGGUAGUCUAUUCCUAAAGCUCUCCCUGAAGUCCUGAAUGGUUGCAAGUGUGAAGAUUCACAAACAGACCUAACUGUACACUAGGAAUGAAGCAAGCACAUUUUCACACUAACUGGAUGUACACCCCUCUCCCACCUUGGCCGAGAGAAGCGUCACAAGCCUAGAUGAUAGUUUGUGAUAGAUUAUAUAUGUAGGUACCCCUAGAUCAGAUAGCAGUAUGCCUUGAGAUUUUCCAAGGUGGUUGGCCUCAUCUAAGGCACCCCCAUACCCUCCUGAUGGAGGCAGUAACCACAGUUGCUGAGGGCUCAUGAGGAUAUUUGUUGUGUAGAUGUUUGGAAACUGUCUCUCCUCUGGAUCUCAAAGAGGUUUGUACUGGGCAAGCCAUUGUGUGCUAUGCUGUUCAAACCAGCAAAUUGCACACAGUUAAUUACUCCUCUUGCUCUUCUGCCAGGGCAAAAACCAAGUAAAGCUCCAAUUAUCCUUGAAAAACAAUGUGUGCUGCAUGACAAUCCAUAAUGUUGUGGAGAGUAUAAGACUUCAUAGACACCAUGGUUCUGUGAUGUGUGAAAUGGCCUCCAAGGAGGUGACUAUCAUUUUAAGAUAGGUUUGUGCCUUGCUACCCUCUCUUGCAGUUAGUUUCACUAUUGGACGUGAGAUGAGAGGCUAAGACUCUGGUUUUGUUGGAUGUAACAGGAUCUCUUUAUUCUGUGGCUUGUGUUGGCAUCAUUAACAGAGUAGACCACAGACCACAAAAUCCAAGGAAGUGGGGCAGCACCUGCAGAGGCAAAAUCAGGUCAAUAGAACAGUGUGCUUUAAUCUCCAACUAUACUGUCUUUGCUUUCCUUCCUCCCAUUCCCAACCAUCUUUCUUACAUUCUCCUGUGGGUGAUGCAUCCAUUAGUAACUGUCCUAGAAAGAUCCCCCUACCCUCCACUGCCUCUCUACUCCUUGGACCAAUUGAGCUUUCUACCCCCAACAUCUUUCUACUUAUUCCUAGAUUUCUGUUAAUUCUUGGAGUCUUGUGAUUAACUUUGUAAACUCAUUAUUCCACAAAGUAUCCUCAUUUGGAUGUAAAUAUUUUGUGAGGAGACAACUCCACUAGAGUAUGUACUUAAUAGAAAUGUGUACAUUAUUGUCAGAAGAAAUGUGCUAGAGUGUCCAUGGAAGUACCGUUUACAGUAACAAUAGCCAGAAGAAGCCCUUUAUGCCCAUGCUGAAGGAAUAAGCAGAUGAGAGUCAGUGGAUUCAUGUGGUGGAUUCUCAGCUCCACCCACAGCUUGAUGUCAACAUUUUUGGCCUGAGGGACUAAGAGCAGGCAAGUCCAAACUACAGUUCCAUUUCCAUACAGCAAAGGCCUGGCAGGCCAACCCAUGGUGAUUGAAGGAGGGACAGUAGCUGUUCUCAGAAGGGCAACAGAGAAAGGGCACAAAAGGUGUCUGGAAUGUUCUGUCACUGAAUCUAGCUGUGGGUCACCCUGAUAUGUUUAGUUUGUGGAAGUUCUCCAACUGUUCAUUUUUGGGUGCUUUUCUGUAUGUGUAUUAUACUUCAAUAAAACAUUGGGCUU